AUGGACACCUACAUAGAGCCGCUCGGGAAAGUUGAGAUGCGGCUGCUUGAACGACGCAAGAAGGAGUUCAAGGCCAUCACGCCUAGCGUUCUCCUCCGAAUCCCAGGGGGCUCAUCGUUCUUCAGUUCAGGCGCAAAUUACGCCGCGUUCGAGCACAGGAGCAUGAUGCAGAUAAUGCCGAUAUUGGUGGCUGACGAGAGUGCAUUGAAGGGUGGAGAGGAGGGAGAGCUGCGUGCUUUACAGGUCAAAGCGUUCCGGCUGUUUGCUGUGUUUUACAAGGCGUUUCUGGGGGUUGACAGGCACACACAUACAACAAUUGCGAUUGCCCGUCAGCAUGCGAUAGCGUUGGUGGAGUUGCUACCGCGGGCAUUUCCAAAGCAGGCAUCCCACUGGAGACUCCCAAAGAUACACAUGAUAAGACAUUUACUGGACAACGUUGUGCACCGUGGGAUGCCGCACCAUUAUUCCACGGAAAUGUGGGAGCGCACGCACAAGGGCACGGUUAAGGGUCCAGUAAGAGGGAGCAACUGGAGCGACAUUCCACGCCGCAUUGUGGAGGAGGAGGUGCAGCGAGAGGUGUACCGUGAAGUGGCUGCAGACGCGGGGGGUGGGCGACGGUACGCGACCGCAUUGAGCGAGGUGCGUACGGGUGUUCUUGGUACUGUGAUGGCCAUUGGGAGUAUACAGUGGAACGGUUUACCAGGGAAGAGCCGUGCCUCAAGCGGCGGGGAGUCGGAUCCAGUGUACGAUGAGUACACCGCCGCGCUUGGAGACGAGAUGAAGGGGAUGGCCGAUGAGUUCAAGGCGUUGGGGCUGUCUACCAACAACGUGCAGGUCCACACGGCGGUGGCCAUUCCGCGCACAAGGGGCGGAGAGCUAGUGGCAAAAGGGACAUUUGUGAAGGCGUCUCCCCGAGAGAGGUGGUAUUCGGACGUGGCACUGCUGAACAACAAGAAGGGAGACUGGUUUGCAAGAUGUAUGUGCAUCUUCAGGGCGGUUGACCGUGAUGGGGAGUGGAAGGGGUACGCAUACGUGCGGUACUAUGAGGGGGCGGGAAUAUGCAAGCUUACGGGGUGCAAGCAGCUGCACAAGCAAGUGGAGAAGGUGAGGUACUCGGUGGUGGAGUUGAGGAGCCUGCAGAGAGUGGUGCACGUGUGCCCUUCGUAUAGCAACAAGAAGGUGCAAUUAGUGAACAGGUUUUUGCUAUGUGAGUGA